AUGGAUAGGUUCAACAGCCUAGCAGAUGAUACAAUUUGCCAAAUUCUAUCUUCCCUUGCGAUAAAAGAGGCUGCUUUAACAUCUGUCCUCUCAAAGCGAUGGCGUUAUCUGUUUGCCUUUAGACCGAAUCUUCGUUUAGAUGAUGAUGACGGAGUUGGUGGAGGAGGAGAAAGUUUCAUCGAUUUUGUGAACAGUGUAUUGGGUGUGUCAGGCAAAUUUCCAAUGAGCAACAUAUCGAUAAAAUCUGGAAAGAGAAUUGAUAUCGACGAUACGGGUCAUGUCACCCGCUGGAUGACCUACGCGCUGGAACAUGGUGUCCGAAACCUUAAUAUAGACGUAAUCGCUGAGGAUGUCAUUAUGGUGCCUCUCGAGAUGUUCACUUGCAAGACAAUUGUUGAGCUGAGACUAUCAAAAGGAUUCGAAGCUUUGAUCCCUGACGACGUUUAUCUUCCAUCACUCAAGACUCUCUAUCUCGAUACUGUUUAUUUCUACAAUAAGCGUUAUUGUGUGUUGGAGAAGCUCCUCUCUGCUUGCCCCGUGCUUGAGGAGCUAACCAUUCAUAGCCCGAGCUGGCAGGUUCCGAAAGGUUGUCGAACCGUGUCGUCUUCGACUCUAAAGAGACUUACUAUCAAGGUUGUUCUUUUUGUUGACUUUUGGGACUUGACAUUCGACACUCCAAAUCUUGCCUACUUGGAGUACUGGGAUUUAGCUGCAAGAAAGUAUCCGGUUGUGAAUCUGGACUCCCUUGUCGAAGCUAAGCUUGAUCUCGAUCUUUAUCUCAAUAUGAGCAAUCCGACAAAUCUGCUGAUUGGGUUAAGAUAUGUUGAGGUGUUGGAGUUGUUAACUGUUGAUACUUGGAUGAUGUUCUGUUUUUUCCGUGAGGAAAUCCCUGUCUUCGGCAACCUGUUUCGUUUAACUAUAACAGUUAAUUUCCCCGACUACGAUUGGGAAUUCCUGCCACUGCUUUUGGAGAAAUGUCCGAGCCUACACACUCUCGUCAUCAAGGGUCCAUUGCACGCUGACACACGUGACCGAGAAUAUGGACUGUCAUGUCCCGUGAAAUUAUUGGAGAUUUAUGAGUAUGAAGGAAGCAACGUUGGAGAGCUGGAGCAGCUGAAGGUUUUCAUUGAGAAACUGCCAUAUCUUGAGCUUGUCAAGGUUCUUGCGUAUGCAACAGACGACAAGGACAAGUCUCGGAUCACCAAAGAUCUGCUCAUGCUUCCUAGGUCGUCCAUGUGCAAUAUCCAGAUCAUGUUUUGCGAGGAUGCCUUGCCCAGAUUAAUGAACCAUCACCAAACGUCGUCGUCGGAUCACUCAACCUCGGCUUCGGUCGGGAUUGAGCUGAAUGCAGAUGUGGGCUUAGGAAACAAUUCUUCAAGCCCAUCUGUUACAAGUGGUACACAGGCCCACACAGAAGACAAUCCAAGCCCAUCGACUGAACCCAACACACAGCCCACUUCGUCUCAAACUUCCCCAACACGAUCAUCCUCACCGUCUCCUCCGUUACCCAGUCUCUCUCCACCACCACCAAGUCCCUCUCCACCACCACCGCCUCCCUCUCCACCACCACCACCACCGGAGAACCGUCACACCAUGACCACUAGAGCCAAAAACAACAUUACCAAACCCAGACAAAGAUUGACCCUCUUAACCACAGCCACUAAACACAAACCACACAUACCCUCGACUGUAAACCAGGCCAUGCGUGAUCCAAAUUGGCGCCAUGCUAUGGGCGAUGAGUACAAUGCUCAGCUCCGGAAUCGUACCUUUGAUCUAGUUCCGCCGGCGCCGAACCAAAAUAUUGUUCCCACUAUGUGGAUUUAUACUUUGAAAUACUUACCCAAUGGUUCUCUUGACAGAUAUAAGGCGAGAUGGGUCGCGAGAGGUUUCAAUCAGCAAUACGGCCUUGACUAUGCUGAGACCUUCAGUCCGGUUGUCAAAUCUCUGACCAUUCGAUUGGUUUUACAGCUCGCGGUGAACCAUUCCUGGCAAAUCAAGCAACUCAAUGUCAACAAUGCGUUCCUUCAUGGCACACUUACAGAGGAGGUCUAUGUAUCGCAGCCUCCCGGGUUUGUUGAUCGUGAUAAGCCUGAUCAUGUCUGUCGUCUCAACAAAGCCCUGUACGGACUCAAACAAGCACCGCGUGCUUGGUAUCAAGAACUGAAAUCUUUCCUCUGUCGCAUGGGUUGCAUGAACUCGGUUGCUGAUACGUCUGUCUUCUCAUACAUCACCGGAAAUCAGGUGAUCUAUGCCCUGGUGUAUGUUGACGAUAUCAGUCACAGGCAACAGUCCGGCACUUGUCUCUGCCUUCAUUGCUGCACUCGGAGCUCAAUUCUCUCUCAAAGACCCCACAGACCUCUCCUACUUUCUUGGGAUCGAAGUCACUCGUACAAACAGAGGUAUGCACUUGAUGCAACGGAAAUAUAUCAUUGA